GGGAAAAGAAAUUUAGGGAAAAAAGGGAAAAAAGAGAAAAAUAAAAACCAAAGAGGAAAGAAAAGAAAAAGAGGGCAACAGAUGGGAUGGGCAAAUGUCAGACACUCUCGACGUGGGCGAUCAUGACCGAGCAGAAGGACCAAGGCGGUGGAGGGCAGACGGGAAUGAUUGCAGCGCCGCCGGCGCAGCAGCAGAUCAUGGGCGAAAGGUGGAGGCUGGGGCAGAAACAGCAAACGCAGGCGCCCCCGGGCUAAGCCUGAGGUUCUCUGCAGCCGCCGGGGUUUCUGGACCGCGACCGAUCCGCCUUUGGAAACCCGUUUAACUCGGUGGGCGGGGAGAGGGGGAAAGGGGAGGGAAAGAGAAAAAAAAUAAAAAGAAAUAAAAUAUUAAUAAAAAUA